CUGUGGACCAAUGAUUUUUUUAUAUGCAGAUUAAUGUUAAAGUUUAACGAACAUCUGCAUUUCAUGUUUUGUCACAGGUUUCUAUUCUGCUGAGUAAGUGUCUCCAGAACUAAACUGGACAGACUUCUAUAAAAAAGAGUGUAGAUCUGCAUAACUUUCACUACUGCAUCAUGUAUUUCAUCAUGCAACUAUGGAUUCUACUGCUGAUUUUUCCCACGUACUUUGGCAUGCAAACUGAAGAGUUGGGACCUGCGAUCUUACACCGCCAGAAGAGGACGUGGGUUCUUGGUAGUAUUGAUAUCACUGAAGAAGAUGAAGGGCCUUUUCCCAAAGUUGCAGUAGAAAUACACCAUAUUAAGACAGCUAUAGAGAAAGUUAUAUUCAAAUUAAGUGGAAAUGGAACUGUGAAUGACUUGUUUUAUCUGGACGAAAGCUCGAAUGUGAUACUAGUUUCACGCAAAAUUGAUCGUGAAAAAACCCCAGUAUUUACAUUAUAUGUUAGUGCUUUCAGUGCAACUACACUUAAGAAAGUAAGUCAAGAUCUGAUGUAUCAAGUUCUGGUGAAAGACAUCAACGAUAAUCCACCAAUCUUCAAUCAAUCUGAAUACAAAGUAGAAAUAUCAGAAAAUACAACUGUGGGUGAAGAAUUUUUCAGAGUUAAUGCCACAGAUGCAGAUGAGAUUAACACACCCAACUCGCGAAUUUCGUACUAUUUGACAACUCAGAAAUUCUCAAAUUAUUUUCAAAUGAAUAUUUCGACUGGAGCAAUAAGUUUAAAAAAAUGUCUAAAUUAUAAGAAGAAGAAUUCUUACACCCUCACUGUGAGGGCAAGGGACGAUGGUCAUCCUGUUCUUAGCAGUAGCACAACAGUGAAGAUUAAUAUUUUGAAUGCAAACGAUCAUCUCCCAGUUUUUAAAAGAACUGGCAAUUUUUUAGGUAAAGUUAAAGAAAAUGCUGAGCAUGUGGUUAUACUCCGAGUAAGCGUUACUGACGAUGAUGUUCCACAGACCCCAGCCUGGAGAGCUAAGUAUAAGAUAAUAGAAGGGAAUGAAAAUGGGAAUUACAAGAUUGAAACAGAUCCAAAAACAAAUGACGGCAUUCUAUCUCUAGUCAAGCAUUUAGAUUUUGAAAAGCAUUCAAAAGGAACGCUGAAUAUCACUGUUGAAAAUGAGGAACCCUUUUACUUUUGUUCAGAAGUGCCUAAUGCACAAAUGCCAACCCCAGAGAGUAUCUCUGUGGAUAUCACUGUGGAAAAUAUCAAUGAUGCACCUGUGAUCCACCCUCCAGAAGUGAGAAUUACUCUAUUUGAAAAUAAAAUACCGGAUUAUGACCUGGUGAAGUUUAAAGCUACCGACCCAGAUAACUCUAAUCCUGAGAAAAUCAGGUUCACUAAGGCAUACGAUCCAGAAGAUUGGGUUACGAUAAAUGAAAAGACUGGUGUUGUUAGAGCUUUACAUGAAAUGGAUCGUGAGUCUCCUUAUGUUAAUGGAAGUAUUUACAGAGUUAUUAUUCAUGCUGUUGAUGAUGCAACACCACCUUUAACAGGCACUGCUACUUUGAAUAUUAUGUUGAAUGAUGUCAAUGACAAUAAGCCCUAUUUGCUCUCAACGUAUGAAAAACUGUGCUAUAAUAGCAAAACUCAGUUUGUGACUGUUAAAGCAGAAGAUGACGACUUGAGUCCAUUUGCAGGGCCAUUUAAGUUUUCACUUCUGGAUAAUGAACCAAAAGUUAAGGAACUGUGGGAAUUGGAUACACUGACUGGUUAUUCAGUUAAUCUCUUAAGAAGAAAGGAAAUUCCAAUUGGAAACUACACCAUACCUUUGACCAUUCAAGAUAGACAGGGAUUGGUCGAAAGGAACACAUUACAUGUAUGGGUCUGUUCCUGUCCUGAUGGAAAAAGAUGCCCUGCUCCUAAGCCACCAACUGCUGCUCUGAGCGUUGUUGCUGUUUUCCUUAUGUUUGUAGCUUUGCUGCUUUUGUUAUUGGGUCUUUGUCUGAUUAUUUCCAUGAAAAAGAGAAGUCUCUUCCCGUUCAGAACUGAGUAUGCCUGUGGAUCAAUUAUGCAAUGUGACCAGGAGGGAGCUCAUAUUGACAUUAAAAAAUUGUCAGAUAAGCUGCCUUUGCCUGAAGAAUCAAGUUUGAACUACAAUAGUUCUGAAAAAGAUAACGGGAUGACAGGAAAUAUGAGGACUUUUGGACAAUACAACGUGAAUGAUUCAGGAAUCCAGAUUUAUAGGCAUGAUUCGGAGAUGACAGGAACUAUGAUAGGGACUUUUGGACAAUACAACAUGAAUGAUUCGGGAAACUGGAUUUAUAGGCAUGAUUUGGAGAUGACUAAGAAGGGGAUUUUCGGACGAUUCAUGGAUGAUUCCAGAUCUCAGACUUAUCGGCUCAGUUCAGAUAACUUAACAAUUCUAAUGGAUUUCACAGGAAACUACAUAAACAGGAAACUGAAUGCUUACAAUGACAUGCAAACUACGUGUGAAGAUGAUCUGCUCCGUGCUUACAAGUAUGAAGGUGAAGAAAACAGAAGAGGAUCUUUAGAUUCCAUCACUAUUGGAAGUGAAUAUGGAAACAGUUUUCUAGAUAAUUUGGACUCCAGGUUCAAAACACUGGCAAAAAUUUGUCAAAAAAAUGGUCAAAAAUGACGCAGCUGAUACUCCUCAGAUUUAAAUGUCUUCAAUCUCAGCUAAGAAACUCACCCAGCAAUUUCAAGAAAUUCAAUUACUAUUUUCAUUUUGUAUGGCUGUUAGAAUGUCUUUUAAACAAUGUCGUUGUACCUACCUCUGCAGGUUCCUCUGGCAGCAAUUUCCAUACUACAUUCAUGCUACAUAAAUAUUGUGCAGUGACCAUCUUCAAAAAGAGAGAAUCUAGCCACCUAUCUUUGACAUUUAAUGACACUACCAUUGCUGAUUUCCUGUUAUUAACAGUUUGAGGGAUCACCAUUGCUCAGAAACUUGACAGGACCUAGCAUACAAAUACCAUGGGGAAAAAAAGCAGUUUAGAGACUUAGUACCUUCUAUUGAGAGACACACUUACCAAUACCGUUGGAUAUCAGAAAGUUUGAAAUUAGUAUUCCCAAAACAACAGGGAUUGUUUGCAAGUUAAUGAGAAGAGUGAAAGGGAGUGUAAAUCAGAUCUGUAUAGCGAUAAAGUUGGCAGAAACACACGUUUCUCACUUUACAACAUGCUGCCCCGUCCUAUCCACCCAGUUACAGAGCUUCCAUUCUAUUUCCUCUCCCUAUUUAUCUGCAGUUUGAAACAUUUCAUCUCUGACUUUUCUCAGUCCUGAUAAAAAGCCGUUAAUAUACACCAUUACAUUUGUUCCUCUCCAUUCAGAUGUUGCUAGAACUGUUGCGUAUUUCCCACAUUUUCAGUUUUAUUUGCAUCUGCAUUCCUCUGGUAAAACAAAUCAUUUUGAAGAAGAUUCAAGGCUCCGGCAGUAUAUAUGUUCUUGAGACAAAGUGCAUGUUUUAUCAGGCAUAAGUAUAAAGGUCAUUGGCAGACUAGGAGUCAAGUAACUAUGCUAGUAAAAGGUGGAGACAAGUACAGACUGAAUCUUUCCAUUGGCAGGAACCUGCAAUUUAAUGUGGAAAAAGAACACUUAUAUGCCUCUCACAAGAUAAAGCCAUUGUUUUUUUUUAAAUUGCAAAAAUAAAUUUUGUUCAUAAUGAAAAAUAUUUACAAAAGGAUAAAUGUUUUAUAUUCUUUAUGUCAUAUGGUUAAUAUCUUUAGUAGUGUUGACAUUUAUUUUUAAACCAUAGCACCAUUGCCACUGGGGUGAUACAUCAUUGGCUGCACUGAGCUUUAGUGCAUCCCAAAAGCAUGUACUCCUGCACCUUGGAACGUGCCUGUCAGCAGCAUUCCUGACAGACAUCACAAUGUGCUGGAAGUUCUGUGCAGACCAAAGGGCAUCUUUCACUGAGUUGAUGACCUUCCAGCAGCACAUGAUGUCUGCCUUGGUGUGUGAUCUUGGGAACAGCCCGUAGAUCAGAGAAGACCUCUGUUCCACAGCUGUUUGGGAUGAACUGAGACAAGGACCCUUGCAUCUGCCUUCACAUGUUCCUAGCAAAUUCACAGUCUAUACAGGAAGGAUCUGAUUUUCAGAGGACACCCCGACCGCCAACCACCACCAGCCAAGCAAGGUCUUGGAGCUCACUGGAAGACUCUGACAAUGAGACAUUCAGGUGAUUUGGUUGGUUUAAUCAGGGAACCAUCCCACAGUAUCCAUAGAGCACCAGUCCUGCGGUGGCUGUAGGAUAUCCUUUGCUGACCGUUGUCUGAUGGACUUGUUGUUAAAGGUGUUUGAACAUAGAACAUAAAACAUAGACGAGUACAGCACAGGAACAGGCUAUUCGGCUCUCAAUGUUGCGCCGACGCAGUUUAAAGGCAAAGCAAAAACACCCAAACACUAAUCUCUCCUACCUACAUCAUGUCCAUAUCCCUCCAGCUUUCUUAUAUCUAUGUGCCUACCCAAAUCUCUCUUAAAAGCCUCUAUUAUAUUUGCCUCUACCACCAUAGCAGGCAGCACAUUCCAGGCAUUCAUGACUCCCUCAGUAAAAAAAACUUACCCCUUACAUUUUCCUUGAAUCGACCCCCUCUCAUCAUCAACACAUGCCCUCUAGUAUUAGAUAUUUCUAUCCUGGAAAACUGAUACUCUCUGUCCACUCUAUCUAUGCCUCUCAUAAUCUUAUAAACCUCUAUCAGAUCUCCCCUCAGCCUGACACUCCAGACAAAACAACCCAAGUUUGUCCAGCCUCUCCUGAUAGCACACACCCUCUAAACCGGGCAGCAUCCUGGUGAAUCUCAUCUGCACUUUCUCCAAAGCCUCAAUAUCCUUCCAAUAGUGGGGCAACCAGAACAGUACAUAAUACUCCAGAUGAGGCCUAACCAGAGUUUUAUAAAGCAGGAACAUAACCUCCUGACUUUCAAACUCAAUGCCUUGACUCAUAAAAGUAGGCAUUCUAUAAGCCUUCUUACACCCAUUUCAACCUGUGUAGCCACUUUCAAGAAGCUAUGAAUUUGGAUCCCAUGAUCUCUCUGCUCAGCAGUACCGUCUCCUUGCAGUUGCCAUACUGAGUGCAACACCUCACAGUUGUCUGGGUUAUACUCCAUCUGCAACUGGUCUAUAUAUCGUGCUGUAUCCACAACUCCACCAGUCUUGGCAUUUACCAACCCAACCAUCUACAAUUUCAUCCAGGUCAUUUAUAUACAAACAGCCCAGGUCCCAGCACAGAUCACUGCGGAACUCCACUAAUUACGGAUCUCCAGCUCGAAUAAGUCCCUUCAACCUCUACCGUCUGUCUUCAAUGCACAAGCCAGUUCUAAAUCUAACUAGCCAAUUCCCCGUGGACCCCAUGCAUUAAAUCCUUUGGAUUAUCCUCCCAUGAGGGACUUUGUCAAAUGCCUUACUAAAAUCCAUGUAGACAACAUCCACUGCCUUACCCUCAGCAAUCUCUCCUGUUAUCUUGUCAAAGAUCUCAAUCAAGUUAGUAAGGCAUGACUUCCCACACACAAAGCCAUGCUGAUUCUCCCUAAUUAAGCCAUGGGUUUCCAAAUGCUCAUAUAUCCCAUACUUAAGAAUUUUCUCCACCAAUUUCCCUACAACUGAUGUGAGAUUCCUUCAAUAACUUGGGGUAUAUCCCAUCAGGCCCUGGGGACUUAUCCACCUUUCUACUCCUUAGAAGGCCCAGCUCUUCCCUCUCCUUGACCUCUCAUUGCCCUAACACAUUUAUCCACUCAGUACUGAUCUCCUGGUCCUCCAUAUCCCUUUCCUUGGUAAAUACUGAAGCAAAGUACUCAUUAAGUACCUCACUCUCUUCUAAGCAAAUGUUCCACUCUUUAUCCUUGAGUGGUCUCACCUUCUCCCUAGUUAUCCUAUGUAUGUAUAUAUAGAUUGCCUUGGGAUUCACCUUAUUCCUACUUGCCAAGGAUUUUUAAUGGCUCCUCCUGUCUUUCCCAAUUCCCUCCUUUAGUUUUUUUCUGGCUUAUUUAUACUCCUCAUGUGCUUCGUUUGAUCUGGCCUUCCGGAGCUUUACAUAUUUUUUCUUUUUCUUCUUGACUAGAUUCAUAACCUUUCUGGACAUCCAAGGUUCUCUAAUUUUUCCAUCCCCAUCCUUUCUUCUAACAGGAACAUACCUUUCCUGUACUCUGUGCAGUUCAUCUUUAAAUACCCUCCACAUAUCUGAUGUGGACUUGCCAGAGAAAAGGUGCUCCCAAUUAACACUUAGUUCCUGCCUAGUGCCCUUUGUAAUUUGCCCUACUCCAAUUUAAAACUCUCCCACAAGAACUAUAUCUAUGCUUAUCUAUAGCUAGUCUGAAAGAUAAGGAGUUUUGGUCACUGUUUGCUAACGGUUCAUCCACUGUAAGGUCAGUCACCUAGCCAGGCUCGUUACCCAACACCAGCUCCAGUCUGGUCCCUCCCCUCAUUUGACUGUCUACAUACUGAUUUAAGAAACUUUCCUGGAUACACUUAACAAAUUCAGCCCCAUCUAAACCCCUUACAAUAAAAAGGUCCCAGUUUAUAUUAGGGAAGUUGAAAUUGAAAUCCAUCAUGACAACAGCCCUAUUUUUACAUAUUAAUCUGAUUAUUAAUUUAAUUUGUUCCUCAAUGUCCUGGUGGCUAUUGGGGGGUCUGUACUACAAUUCCCUCAGUGUGACUGCACUCUUUCUAUUCCUGAGUUCCACCCUAAUGGAUUCAGUGUCAAACCUCUGCAUUAUGUCUCCUCUGACUGCAGCUGUGAUAUUGCCCCUGAUCAGUUGUACAAAUCCAACCUCUCGUUUAACUCCUCCUCUAUCUUUCUAAAACUUCAAAAACCUGGCACAUGAAUCCCCUCUCUCAACCAAGUGUCUGCAAUGGUCACAAUAUCAUAGUUCCAUGUACUGAUCCAUGCUCUAAGUUCAUCACCCUUACCCAUAAUGUGGUGGUGGCAUCCGUUAGUCUCGUGAGACUAUGGAUCUGCGCCUGGAAGGUCUUGCUUCCAUCUGUGUUAGAGCAGCGUCUGUUGUGGCUGUAGAGGCCCACAUGGGAGUGACAGUCUCAGUUGCAUCAACUGCACUUGAAGGCGCUGUCCUCUGGUGUUAUCUUGGUGCUGUUUUUCCAACGAGUGCGCUUUUCUUCAGCAGCAAGUCUCAGCUUCUCUUCUCUUUUUAGACCUCUGCAUAGUUCCAGCCUCCAGUGAGAGCGAUCGUUUGCGAUGCCCUCCCACCUCUUGACGUUCAUUUUCAGUGACUUCAUGUCCCUCUUGCAAACAUCUUUGAGCCAUGAUACUCCUAGCAUUAAAAUAUACACACUUCAAACUAUCCGACCCAACAUACCUGUUAUUUUGAUUUUGCCUUUCAAUACUUUUCCUAAUAUCUACUUUCUGGUCCGAUCCUUCCCUUAGUGACCUGGGGCUCCAUUUCCCAGCCCCCUGCAUAGCAAGUUAAACCCUCUUGAGUUGCAUCAGCAAACCUCCUGGACAGGAGAUUGGUUCCCCUCCAGUUCAGGUGAAAGCUGAACAUUGUAUACUGGUCAAUCUUUCCCCAGCAAAAGUUCCAAUGUUCCAAGAACUCAAAACCCUGUCCCCUGCACCAUCUCCACAGCUACUCAUUCAUCCAUGUUAUCACCCCUUUCCUACUCGCACUACCCCUCUGCCCUGCAUGUAAGCAAUGACAUUCUCUGAGCAGCACGAGGCUGUCAAAAAUUUUCCUGCCUGGUACAUCACAGGUUUGCUCUGGAUAGAUCAUCUGUUCCAGUAAAGACUUGACUGGUGUUAAAGGUGUAAGACUGAAUCUUUGCUCUUCUCUUUAGUCCUCUAUGCUCUCUGGGAUCAGCAGCUUGAUGUUCAACUUCCAUGUCUUGCUGCUUUCUGGAAUCUGCAGAUGUCAGGAGGAAUGAAGGAGGCAGUGAUAGUGAACUCUAGUGUGAUGCCAGCGGAUUAGACCGUGACUGCCUUCAGCAUACUGAGCUUUGUGUUGUGUCUGGCUAUGCUCUGUCUGUAGUAGUGCCUUGCAUUCUUUUACCAGUUCCAUCUGAAGUCUGGAGCUGCUGUCUGGUCUCCUGCCGACGCUGUUGGAUAGUGCAGCUGCUUUGAAGAUGCAGUUGAUGGUAUUGGCCAGAAUGAUGAGUUGGGCCAUCCUUAGCAGUAGUGGGGACUGUCAAAGGAUGGCCAGCCACUUGCUCCAUGACUUUCAAAGUGGAGUAUUAUAUAGUACAUGUUGUCUAUAUAUGUACUAUUUGACUUGAGUGAUUGGAAAGUAGCCUCCCUGCAGCAGAAUCCCUGGGGCAGAAGUGUAGCAAUUGUUGCUGCCCCUCCCCUGACUGUAUAGACAACCCACUGUGUCUUUCUCUGAUAGUUACAGAGGUAGAGAAAUCCACACUCUUGCAGGAAAGUCACAUUCAUCUUCACCUUGAUAAUGCAUUGCAAGACAUAAGUGUAUUGCACAGUGGUUUUCACGCUGCACAUGUUGACAAUAUACAGUCCAUUGUCAAUCAGCCUGAGCCCUAGCUCCACAGGUUUGGUGAACUACAAUAUUGCUUGUGAGCUCGGGUACUGGAAAGGUUGCCCCAGGGAGUGGUGUCCUUUGUGGUGAUGCAGCUGGUGUCAUCGUGGAGAAAUCAGUCUGUGUUCUUGUAUCGGCCUUCGACUGUUCUGUAGCCAAAGAGCAAAGGACAAAAGCCUUUGUAUUGCAUCUGGAUAUCCCAGAGCCGAGAGAAUUGGGCUUAUUUCUUCCUUCACUUGUGCUUAUCUCAAGGCUUUCCUCCUUCUCAUUGUCCCUUUCAUUUUUAUGCUUCCUCUUUCUGUCAACUUCCCACUUUUACUUUGUCCUGCAAAGAGAAGAGGUUGCUGCCAUCGGCCUCUUUUAUUUCCCUUACUCUUAUUCUCAGUGUCCCUAUGACUUCUUCCUCUUAACUCCAACCAUUCCCAUUUUUGUCCGCCUGACAUUCCCUCUUCCAUUGACUAUUCCUCUUGAGGAGGUGUCUGGGGGAUUGGGAGCUUGAGCCAGAUGGCCUUUCCUCAGUAUUGGUUGAUACUGCCUGCACUGGUUAGUAGUGUGUUGGUGUUCCUCUGGGGUUGACUGACCCCUUUUAUUGCCUGUGCAUGGGUACAGGCAAGUUUUAGGCAGAACUUGUAGAGAUGGCCCAUCUCUUCACAUCGAUUGCAAUUUCUGUUUUCUCUGCAGUCCUUGGUCUGGUGGCCUUCCUGCUUAGAUUUCUUGCAGAUGACUGCAUUGCAUUGGGUCACCACAUGUCCAGGCUUGUUGCAGUUAUGACGCUGUCUAGGUUGUAGUGCAUCCACAGUUCUCUCCAAUAGCAAGCACUGAGGGAGGAUGGAUGAUCUUGAUCUUCACCUGGCACCUGCUCAUCCAGAUCCCAAACAGGCCCUUGUUGCCCACAUAGCUUCCUCCCCCUCAAUGUAAGAAACCAGGAAGGUGAGGACAUCCACAAAAGGCACAUGUGGAUUAAACAUGCUCCUUCUGAGUGGGGAGGGUGACAACUGGCAGCAGAGCUUCUUUCAAAAGUCCUGUAGCAUCUUCUACCAUCCCACUGGGUGCUUGAAGUCAAGUUCUUAUUAUCUGAGAAAUCCUAGAGGCAAUAGGUGUCCUUUGUCUCAGACAUGCAGCAAUCCAACAGGAUUUUCUUAGUGAAAAGGUCUCAGGUGAAAGUAUUCUCCUCAUUGAGAACAUUCACUGUCAUUCUAACAGGAUUGCAAUUCCCUUGUCCUCUUCCCAAGGCGACUGUUGCUGCAGCCAUCUUGAUGGAGCUGGUUGGUUAUUAUUACUGAAAAGAAGUGUUAGGUUGGUUUCCCCUUCAACAUUAUCAUCCAGCCCCAUGACAGCAGCUCUCAUUAGGUAGCCACUUGAUCGUGAAGAGUCAAUAUUGUCUUCCUGCUCCAAAAUUUGAGUGUACGGAGAUCACCUAUGAAUCAGCCUAAGUAGAUUGGCCUUUAUGAUUCCCGUCUUUCUGAUCUCAGUCUCUCUCCUGCCUGGUAAGUAUGGCCACAAAGUCACUGCUACACAUGACAUGUACUUAUGCUCCAAUGGCUCUGAUAUGUAUACCUGAGAGAAAAAAAAUUGAACACACUUAGAUUGCAGAUAGAGUGCAGAUUGUCCAGGCAAGAAAGGCCUUCGAAGAGCAUUGCUUCCCCUUGCACACCAGGGGUUUGAAGAUGAGAUAAGUAAUCCAAGGCACACACACAAAUUAAUUGCUUUACUAACUUCAAGGUAUCAGCAGUUGUCAGCUUGUAGUUUCCACUGACUUUUAACUUGUUCUUGCAAGUAAAGAAUUCUAACAUACAUAGUUUAUCAAGUGAUCAAUAUCCAUAGCUGCUAGCCAAUUCUGUAUGAAAAUUGAACUUCUCUGUUCAGAUCACAAACAAGAGAAAAUAUGCAGAUGCUGGAAAUCUGAGCAACACACACAAAAUGCUGGAGGAACUCAGCAGGCCAGGCAGCAUCUAUGGAAAAAAGUACAGUCAACUUUUUUCGAUGUCCUCCUUUUUCAAAGAAAGGGGCUUCCCUUCCUCUGCCAUCAACACUGCCCUCAACCACAUCUCUUCCAUUUCACGCAUGUCUGCUCUUACCGCAUCCUCCCACCACCCUACCAGGGAUAGGGUUACUCUUGUCCUCAUCUACCACCCCACCAGUCUCCAAGUCCAUCAUAUAAUUCUCCAAAACUUCUACCACCUCCAAUGUGAUCCCACCACCAAGUACCUUUUUCCCUCACUUUCUGCUUUGUGCAGGGAUUGUUCCCUAGGCAACUCCCUUGUCCACUUGUCCCUCCCCACUGAUUUCCUUCACGACACUUACCCUUGCAAGCGGAACAAGUGCUACACCUGCCCCUACACCUCCUCUCUCACUACCAUUUAGGGCUCUGAACAGUCUUUCUAGGUGAGGCGACAUUUCAUCUGGGAGUCUGUUGGGGUCAUAUACUGUAUCUGGUGCUCCUGGUGUGGUCUCCUGUACAUCGGUGAGACCCAAUGUAGAUUUGGAGACCACUUUGCCGAGCAUCUAUGCUCUGUCCGUCAGAACAAGCGGGAUCUCCCAGUGGCCCCAGUUUAAUUCUAUUUCCCAUUCUCAUUCCCAUACGUCCAUCCAUGGCCUCUUUCACUUGUCAUGAUGAGGCCACACUUUGGUUGGAGGAACAACACCUUAUAUUCCAUUUGGGUAGCCUCCAACCUGAUGGCAUGAACAUCAAUUUCUCUAACUUCUGGUAACACCCCCCAACCCCCUUCACUAUUUCCCAUCUCCUUGCCCACCCAUUGCCUCCCUCUGGUACUCCUCCAUUUUCUUACUUCCAUGGCUUUCCAUCUCUUUCACCAAUCAACUUCCCAGCUCUUUACUUCAUCCCUCUCCCUCCCCCUCCAGGUUUCACCUAUCACCUCGUGGUUGUCUCUCCCCUUCCCCCAUCUUUUAAAUCUACUCCUCAGCUUUGUUUCUCCAGUCCCGCCGAAGGGUUUCUGCCUGAAACUUCAGCUGUGCUUUUUUCCAUAGAUGCUGCCUGGCUUUCUGAGUUCCUCCAGCAUUUUGUGUGUGCUUCUCUCUUCAGAAUUCCGAACAGCGUUUUGACAGGGGUCAUGCUGUUCCCCUUGUGCACAAGUAAAAUAAGGUGUGAUUGAGGAUUGGGUGACUUUCAGAGUGCAGUUAAGCAUCGACGGCAUCACCACACUGAUCUGAAGUCUGAACAGAGAAAUGCCAUUCUUAUACAGAAUUGAUUAGUUGUAUACUGAUACUGAUCAAUUGGUAACCUUGUGUAUGCUCAAAUUCCUUAUUUGCAGAAUCUUAUUAUGCCAAAUGGCUCUGGUUCCCUGUUCUCCAAAGGGAAGGUAUGCUCUUCAAAGGCCUCUCUGCAUUGGGCUGACUGUACACUAUCUGUAAACUGUCCUGCCUGGUCAUUACCUUGACCCUUGCUUUGCUGCAGCUUCUGCAAUGCCACCUCCGGCCAGUCAGUGUGCCAGCAGGGCAAUAAACAAAGGAGAUUCACUGCAUCAAUUGUUUCUGAUUUUCCAGUUAUUAAGAGAACGGGUAAACAGAGUGAAUCAUACAACUAGCUCCUGAUUUCCACGAGGCAACAGAUGUCAGUUGAAUUUCAGUUUAGGAUUUUAAUACAGACAGGUGUGAGGUACUCCUGGUAGGACAGAGAGAACAGGGACCUGCCAUCAGGAAGCAAAUACAGGAGCCUCAGGACUCACACCAGGAACAGUUAUUACCCCUCAACACAGGGAGGAGCUGAGGAGGAUUAAUGGCACCUAACUGUGACUCCUUUGCUUGCAUCUUUGGAAAGAGCUCCAUCUUUAAUAUCUCUACUUUUCCCUUUCAGGGUUCUUUUGAAGACCCUGACCUGGAGUUACAUGCUAACUACGGUUCUUUGUGGGAAUGGGACCUGCUCUCAGGGUUUCAUGAAUGGCCGUUGUUCAGCACGCCAAGGGCUCAGCCUAAGAGCUCCGCUCACUUUCGGAAGACUGAGAUUUUGUGGCUCUGGAGGCGGGGGGGGGGGUGGAGGUGUGGAACGCGGUAUCGGAGGUAGGUGCCUCUGCAGUAGAUCGGUGUGUCAUUGGAGAUGGAAGAUCUCAGACUGUGUGCUCAGAGACCCGAGAUCUUUGGGCACAGAGCUCAGAAAAAGUGACGCAAUGGACUUCCAACAUCGUAAAUCAGUGAGUUUAUGUCUCCCCUCUCACUGUGAAACAGAGACAUCUCUUUCUCGCUUAUUAGGGAGAAAGAGACAGACUGUAGUAUGCUGAAUACUGGCGGAACAAGUAGUCUUUGGGGUAACUGCAAGUCUGUGUCUUUGCCGUUGCUUUGCUCACGCUUGAGUGCUUGGUGGCGGGUGCUGAUAUUUUUUUUUGCGGGAA